ACUACACAACAACCAAACAUACUCCCAAAUCUAAGCUUUUCUCCCAUCUUCUCUUAGGUUUUGUCCCAAGCUUCAGAGUUUGAGUUUUUUUUUUUUAAAUCUUGCUGUGUAUACACAGGCACGUGCGUAAACACAUACAUAUGCGGACGAAAAUGCACAUGACGGAGCGAGCCAGAGCAAUGUGGCGCACGUGUCUGGCCUCGGCCUUCAGGACGGCCUUAGCUUGCACCAUCGUCGGGGCCGCGACCCUCUACGGCCCGGACUGGCUCCUCCGCCACGUGGCAUUCCCUGCUUUCUCAUACGUCACCGUCAUACUCAUCAUCACCGACGCCACGCUCGGUGACACCCUCCGCGGCUGCUGGCUCGCCCUCUACGCCACGUGCCAGAGCGUGGGCCCCGCACUCAUCAGCCUCAGGCUCAUCGGUCCCGCCCAUCUCUCGGCUGGGACCACCGCCGUGGCCGUGGCGCUCGCCGGGCUGGUGGUGGUUCUGCCGAGCGACUCAACUCACUUGGUCGCGAAGCGGAUCGCGCUCGGACAGAUCGUCAUCACUUACGUCAUUGGUUACAUCAAAGGAGCUGAGACGGAUCCCUUCAUGCACCCUGUUCGAGUCGCUGCGAGCACUGCCGUCGGGGUCGCCGCCUGCGUCCUCGCUCUUCUCCUCCCGUAUCCUCGCUUGGCUUCUCGCGAGGUGAAGCAAAGCUGCAAAGGGAUUGCCCAAAACAUAUCGGACAGGCUAAAGCUAUAUACAAACGCCUUUUGUGCUGAGGAUGCCACGUCAGCAACCGCGUCCGUCUCACAGGCGAGAUUAUUGGCUCGCUCUUCCUCCAGGCUUUAUCAAGCCAUCAAACGCUACCAACCAAGCAUGAAAUGGGAGAGGCUUCCAUUCAAACUGUGGAGAUCACAACACUUGGAAGAGAACACGGGAGACAAACUACGAAGCAUGGAAAUUGCGCUGAGAGGAAUGGAAAUGGCUUUAACCAACACAUAUUCUUUUCCGGCGACAUUACUCUCCGGAGAAGUAAAAGAUGGCUUGACAAAGAUACAAGAAGGCGUCACUCUCGCCAUCAAACGAGCCAAUAACUCUCUGCAGCCGUCAGUAAAUCCGGAAUCCGAUCCAGACAGCGCCGCCGGGUGCUUCCAAACACUUCAAGAAUUCCCGGGCAUGCAUCAAGAUUUGCCCUUUUACUUCUUCUUGUUCUGUAUGAAGCUUCUCGAGAACAUAUCAAUGGCGAAUCCAGAUAACAGUAAGGAUAAGAAACCUGAAGUUUCUUCGAAAGAGGAGAAAAGUCGGUUCAGUAUACACUGGAGAAGCGCUUUGAACAGCAAGAGGAUAAUGCCGGCGAUUAAACUAUCGCUAUCUUUAGGAUUGGCGGUUCUGUUCGGUUCCAUGUACAGUAAACCAAACGGUUACUGGGCUGGUUUGCCUGUUGCGAUUAGCUUUGCUGCUGCGAGAGAAGCAACGUUCAAGGUGGCGAACGUUAAAGCACAAGGGACAGUGAUAGGGACAGUAUACGGGGUCAUGGGAUGUUUUGUCUUCGAGAGGUUUUUGCCCAUAAGGUUCUUGUCGUUGCUUCCCUGGUUCGUCUUCUCGAGCUUCUUGGGCAAGAGCAGGAUGUACGGGCAAGCCGGGGCGAUCUCGGCAGCAAUCGGAGCCGUCCUGAUUCUCGGAAGAAGGAACUUCGGUGCACCCAGCGAGUUCGCCAUCGCGAGAAUCGUCGAGACUUUUAUCGGGUUGUCGUGUUCACUCAUGGUUGAGCUCGUCUUGCAGCCAACAAGAGGUUCAACUCUCGCGAAACUCACGCUUUCUAGAAGCUUCCACUCGUUACACGAGUGUGCAAGGUUGUCCGGGGCAAAAGCUAGCAGCUCUGACAUAAUCGAGAGCCAGAAGAAGCUGAAAACACAUCUGAUUGAUCUCAACAAGUUCGUUCAAGAAGCCCAAGCCGAGCCGAGUUUCUGGUUCUUACCUUUCAACGGUUCUUGCUACGACAAGUUACACGGCUCGCUCUCUAAAAUGGCUGACCUGCUGCAAUUCAGCGCCCACGCAAUAGGGUUUCUCGGAGACGAAGAAACGAACAAGGCUCUGUGCAAAGAGGUUCUGAACAAAGUGGAUGAAGACCUCGAGAAUCUGACAGAAUCCAUUGGUGCUGUCGCCAAAUCUUUCGAGGAGAUCACGCUCCUGAAGUCGUUGAAGGCACUGGAGAAGGCGCUCGUAAAGAACGAUGUCUCUUGGGACAUAGAGAUGGGGAAGAGCAAAAGCCCUAGUUUUUCAAGGGUUGAAGGCUCCAAGAGCGAGCAGGAGAAGGUGGUAGAAUCGUAUCUCCAGCAUUCCGCCGAUGUAAUAACAUUGCAUGAUAGUGAGGAAGAUGAGGUGGAGGUCGUUGACAAGAGCGAGGUGGUGCUGAGUUUGGGUGCGUUAGGGUUUUGCAUGGAGAAUAUGACGAAGGAGAUGAGAGAGAUCGAAGAGAGGGUUAAAGAGCUCGUGCAAUGGGAGAACCCUUCGAGUCACGUUGAUUUGCAUGAAAUCUCAUGCAAAAUACGUUCUUUGUACAAAUGAAGUCGAAUUAUUUGCAAUAAAACUUUUUAAAGUUCAUCAAA